CGUUACCAGAAAGACCGGCGUAUCAACGUUUCUAGCUUCACCUCUCAAUCAGACCCGUCAACGAGAAGUUGAGCAGAAUGGCGACUAUGUACACGAUUCCGACCGAGCCUCUCAAGGUGCCGACAUGCAACCCUCGACCAGGUCUAGCGCCCCUGGAGGUUGCACCCUCUAUGGUGACCUUCGACCCAGCUUCCAUUCCAGAACCCCAGCUUCAAGCUUUCAAAGACUGCCAGACACACACAACCAGCCUUCACUUCACUCCUGCCGCAUUUCCCCGCUGCGCUUCAACUCCCGGCCAAAUUGAACUUGUACCAGAUGGCUUGAAGGGGCGCGAGCGAAAGCAGUGGGUGGCGAAACAUGCGAUGGCGUUGGUCAAGGAGAAGAGGGCGCUGGAGAGGGAUUUGAGUCAGGGGCAGGGAAAGAUUGUGGAAGGGCCGGAGAGAGUCGUUGCGAAAAUUGGAUUGUGGAAUGCGGUUUUGAGGAUCAAGAGGAGAAAACGUGAUGGAGAGAAGCUGGAAGGUGUUGAGAAGUUGACCCUGGUUGUUACACAUGCGAAUGGGCUUCAUAAAGAGACUUGGGAAGUCCCGAUGAGGCGGCUCAUUGACCUCACUGAGCAGUCUGGUUCUCGUGUCCGGAUAGAAGAAAUCUGGGUGCUGGAAUGUGUAGAUCAUGGAGAUUCUGCUCUUGCCAAUGGGCCAAAUCAUCCCAGACUCGCUGACCGUUCGGACUAUGGAAGAGAUGUCGCCAACUUCUGUCUUCACUAUCUCCCGGACCGCGACGAGGCGCUUCCCAGGAUUUUGGUUAGAGUCGACGAUGCUGUUGCGCAGAGACGUAAACAGAGUGGGUUGGCUGCAGAAGGAAGGUCGCUGGUGGGAGUGGGACACUCCUUGGGCGGUGAUUCAAUGGUCCUGUGCGGAAUAAGCUACCCCGGUCUCUUCAAGUCGCUCGUCAUCAGCGAAACUACCAUCUUCCCUGUCAGCACCAACAACAAUGAUGCAGCUAUGGUCUAUGUCGGAGGCGCUCUCGGUCGAAGGGGAGCUUGGUCUUCCCGAGAGGAAGCACGCGCAGCACUGGGCAAGACGCCCAUGUACUCUGCUUGGCAACCGCAGGUCUUUGACUCGUACAUCUCUCAUGCACUUUAUGAAGAUAAGAUCAACGGAGGUGUUCGAUUGAAGUGCGGACCUGAAUCGGAAACUCGUCAAUUCAAUGAAUUCCUUUCGAUGAACGAGGCGUAUGAGAAGCUGCCUAUGUUGGAUGAGAAGGUGGCGUUGCAUUGGAUUAUGGGAGGCGACGAGAACGCGAGCGUCAUGGUCGGAGGUCCGGUUAUUGCGCAGAACACGGUGUGGAGGAGAAUCAACAACACGAGUAACGUUCGAGUGUCAGGUGGCGGUCACUUGGUGGUACAAGAGCGACCUAUGGAGUACGCCCAAGCGUUCUACGAGUUUUUGCAGAAGCAGCAUGGCGGUAAUGUGAAAGCAAGUUUCCUGAAACAGGGAUUAUUCAAGUUUUCAAUUUGGAAGGGCAUGCAGGAAGAAGCCAGUGACUCGUAUCGCAAGGCUUCCAUUCACUCCUCUGGGGAUUCUCGAGGGUUUGGAUUGUUUGUAGAACAAGGAUGGUAUAGGUGUCUGUUUGAAGUGCAGUCCAGCGUCGGAGGCUCGAAACUAGUCAGCUUGUUGGUAGCCAAUGAGGCUCACGAGUCGUUCCCUACGCUUGCUCUGCACUGGAUCAUGGGAGGCGAUGAUCCUGGUGGAGUGUCGAGGGGCCUCUCAUAUCGCAGAACGUUGUUUGGAGCGGAAGCGCUCCAUGCGUUUUUUGAAGGCGACGCACGGCAGUCGGAGGCGAUGGCGAAAGCAAAGCUUUGA